ACAAACAAGAGGAGAGCGCGUGCCACUAACUUCCUCACAAUUUCUCAAACUCUCAGAGAACAUAGAGGGGUAUAAUAUAUCGAAACAACAGCGUGGUGAUAUCGAGAAAUUAUUGUAUAACCUAGAUCCAUUAUUUUAUCGAAGUCAUCGUCACCUUGCCGUUUCCAGGUUCCAGUUCCACCUUGUCAAUCUACUGCGCGUGAAUUCACAGAAGAUAGUUUAAGUGAAUACUUUUCAGGUUACUUUGUCUCAGGACCAAGUAUGCAGGUGUUGGGCCAACAGGCUGGUGCUAACCUCUGGGUCACCAGUAGUCCCAUGGUGGUCCAGAGCCUGGGUCCAGUAUCUCCUGUCACGAGUCAGUCCUACACCUCUGUGCCUCUGGUACCACACCCCCAACCCCCACAAGACCUAGUGGUACCGUACACAGAUACCAGGUCCUUGUUCUCCAGAGACUCCCUGGCAUCCACCACCCUGAGCCUAGCAGAGACCCAGGAGUGGCCCUAUGGCUACCGGGUCUUUCCUCCACUCUGCCCACAACAGGGUUCCACCCAGGCCAGCAAGGGGGGUGGGCUGCUCAGCCUGCCCCCUGGCACUGCCAUGUCUGGGGGCACCAGCAUCUCCAACUCUGCCUCCCUGCCCUCCUACCUGUUUGGGGGAGAUGCCAACAGCCCCCGGCAGUACUCAGCCCACUCCAAAAAGAGGGCCCUCUCCAUCUCACCUCUAUCAGACGGCUAUGGCCUUGACUUCAACUCCAUCAUCCGUACCUCGCCCACCUCGCUGGUGGCUUACAUCAAUGGCUCCCGGAGCUCUCCGACCUCCCACCACACCCUUUCACCCCUCCAGCCUGAGGUCUAUGGCCACUUCCUGGGGGUGAGAGGGAGCUGUAUCCCCUAUCCUCAGACUCCAGGCCCCCUCAGCCUCACAGCCUCCACGCUUGCUCUGACCCCACAGAGUGACCCCCAACUUGAAUUGGAGUGUGGCCGCAUGCAGAGGCUGGAGCAGGGCAGGACGCUGGAGAGCCAGAUGGCUAACAUGGUGGUGGAGCAGCAGUGUCUCCCAGAGGAGGGAAGAACACCACAGAGGGCUGACAGUAACACUAAUGACCUGGUGCCAUCUCUACACUUUCAGCUUGAGUUGGCCACCAUCAUCAGAUCAGAUAGUCCACCGCAGGGCCCCCCACCUCCUUACCACUCUCACUACCAGCACCGCCACCUCAAAAGACCUCCUAGCCACAUCCAGGGUCAGCCCCAGUCCCAGGGCCCUGUCUCUCAGCCCCCCCCAGCUCCCCCUGGGCAUGGGACCAGCCUCGUGCCCCAUCCCCUGUCCCUCUUCCCCAUGCUGGAGGAGGGGGAGCUGGAGGACUACAGUGGGGGGCACUGCUGCCGCUGGGUGGACUGCAGUGCUGUGUAUGACCAAAAGGAGGAGCUGGUUAGGCACAUAGAGAAGCGCCAUGUGGACCAGCGGAAGGGCGAAGACUUCACCUGCUUCUGGGCGGUGUGUCCACGCAGGUUCAAGCCCUUCAACGCCCGCUACAAACUCCUCAUCCACAUGAGAGUCCACUCUGGAGAGAAGCCCAACAAGUGCACGUUUGAGGACUGUCAGAAGGCUUUCUCUCGGCUGGAGAACAUGAAGAUCCACCUGCGCAGCCACACUGGAGAGAAGCCUUAUAUAUGCCAGCACCCCGGCUGCCACAAAGCCUUCAGCAACUCCAGUGACAGAGCCAAGCAUCAGCGCACACACCUGGACACGAAGCCGUACGCGUGUCAGAUCCCUGGUUGUGUAAAGCGCUACACUGACCCAAGCUCCCUGCGCAAGCACAUCAAAUCCCAUUCCUCCAAAGUGAGGCAGUUGAGGAAGAAGCUGAGGUCAUCUAUUGACAUGAGCCAAGAGGCAUUAACGGACUGUCUAACCAUCCAACCCCUGCUACCCAGCCUCUCUCCUCUGGACAUGAUUAACAGCAAGCUGGGCCAAUCACCAAUACCUUCCCUUGAUAUCUACACAGAUCUGCUGACCAGUGGGCAGUCUAGCCACUGUGUGUCUCUAUCCAUCCCUUUCCCUCCAGCUGUUCCACAGGGCCAACCCUCCUCAAACAGCUCACACCUGGCUCUGCUGCGCCCCCAGCAGGACAGUUAUAGGUUUGUUGAUAGGUCCACCCACCAACUCAACCCCGGGUCCCACCAACACCAACUGCCUGGCCCCUCCAGUCCUCACACUCACCAUCCUACUGUCUUAUCCCUAAAGACCAGCACACCCCUGAAUCAUCCCAGUCACACUCCUGUAGUAAACACAGACCAACACCCAGGUUUUAGUGGUCAGAUCCAGAUGGUGUACUCUCCAUUAUACAAUAAUGGUACACAUAAAUCCACCAAGCAGACAAACUCCUGUCACCUGAUGGAGAUCCCAGAGUUUGAUGAUUGCCUUUCUCCAACAUUCACAACUCAGAACAGACUAGACCUCUCCCAAAGAGCUCUGUCUGGGCUCACAGUAUAUGACCUGCAGGGUGCAUCACAGGAUCUGCUUGUUAACCCAGUGCCAGUGAUGUCAGAGGACGCUUAUUUACAUGUCAGUGCAGUGGACCGUUGCCCUAGCCAGCUCUCCUGUAUCUACACUGAGGGGUGACGUCAGCAAAUCUACCUCUUUUCUAAAACAGAUACUCUGUAAUACAACUCGUACAACAACUAUAUUGUUUUUCAGCUACAUGUUCCUUGAUAAUGACCUGAGUGUGAUGCCCAUCUUGGGUGAGAACUGUAGACAAGAGGGGACAUUUAGUAGCUUUAAUUAAAUAGGCAAAAUGAACAUGUCCACAUCACUUAUUAACUGAUAUUAGUCAAUGAACAUUGUUUUCAUCAUGGCAAGUCAUGAUAAUUCUGACAUCUUUAGAUGCUGUCUUCAUUCAAGUCAGUAUCAUCAGAUCUCAGAGUCUAAGCCCACAAUGAAAGUGCCUCCUAAAGAUUGUAUACUGAAAACAAAUCGCAGUUCUGUGGAUGCCAAUGAUAUUGAGAUUUGGAGGAUAUUUUUAUGUUUACAUUAAUUGAAUGCAUUUGUACAGUUAUAUCAAAAUAUUGUCCCUCCUUUUAUGGAAUUACACAAUGUAAAUACCAUAAGAAGCACAUUGAAGGCAUAUGUGUGUUGUUCUUUUUCAAAUGGGGGUUGUUCUUCGUAGCAUAUGUAUUCAUUUCAUAAAACAGAAUGUCCUUCGAUAAAUAUAUUUUUGUGCGAAUAUGUUGAGGAAUCUGACUUGAAUUGGUUGUUUUUUAAUAAAAAAUGUAUGA